AGAAUCACAUUUUGGAUGACCCGAAUUUGAUAUUCACUGACCAGGAUAUGGCAGAAGUGAAUCAUUAUGAGGUGAAAAUAAUUGCAAACGAUGAGGAAACUUUUUUGAAGCCCAACUGUACGAAACAUUCAGUUCCGAAUGAAGGAGAUGAAAUACAAACUGCGAUUCAUUGCUCUCUACAAUUUCAGGAAGACGUAACUUUCCGCGAGCCCACAUUUAGCUUCAAAAUACAGCUGAAGGACACCACACUCAAGAAUAAGAACGCUGAAAAUACGGCACAAUUACCAGUGACCUUGGUAUUCUCAGGUUCACCGCAAUCUCUCACGAUGCUCAGGCUGUAUCCAAAAAGUGUGGUCAAGAUAUUCAAAACUGCUGCACCAUUAGCUAGAGUAACACAACCGAUAGAUAUAAGAAAUUGCACAGAUUUCAAAAUGACCGAAUCCAUGCAAAUGAUGACUGGAGUUGAGAAGAAUCCAAAGAAGGGACAAAUCUUCAAUGUGACUAACGAAGGGAUCAUAUUCAUACACGAUUUUAUCAUGUUGAGGAAAAUAUCAUCUGAAUUUGUCAGUAUCAACGUUUCUUGGUCGAGGAACAACCGUAAAGAACAUGACGAGAUUCAAGUUAGAAUAGUUAUCGAGCCUAAUCAGACGUGCAAUAAUAUAAAGUCACUCAGAGGUUGGACUUCCUGUGCUGAGUACGAAACGUCACACGACUGUCUACAGAGAGAUUCGUGUGCAUAUGGAACAGGAGGAUCUUCCAGUGUAGAAUUCAGAAGAGGGCCAGAGAGAUGUAUGUGGAGAGGAGACGUAACUUCUCCUACCAUAACUCAUGUGUAUUCUACAUGUAGCCCAGAUAUACAUACAUGUCCGGAUGGAGUUUGUGAUUCUCUGGAACAGUUACAUUAUGCAAUAUGUCCUCAAGAUUGUACAGCUAACGUUGUCGUACCUUUGAAAAUCAAUCCAGCUACUGGCCGUGGGGUGGAUGAAUCUAGUGGUACUGUUGCGUGUUCACCAACGAACUGCUAUUCGAUGAAGUCCAGGAAGGGUUACGAUAAAGAUAAAAAGGACCUCAAGAAGAAGAAAGGGAAAUCAUCUGGGAUGUCCUCCACACCCGCCAACAAUAUAUUCGCUCAUUCAAAUAUCACCAAGGAGAAUGGAAAUAUAACUACUGGGAAAUAUAGUCUGGUGAUCGGAAAAUGUGGUUCAAUCUGCAUUAUGGGUAUUGGAGCUGGUGCCCUAUUUCUAGCAGCAGCUAUCGCGUUCAUCGUCGUCUGUUGGAGGCUGGAUAAGACCAGCAAAGCUGUCAGAAAAAACAACGACGGGAACAACCAAGAAAUGACCGCUCCACUUUCUAUCUCUGCCCCAGGCAACGUUCCACACGAACCGUUCUCUCUGAACUUCAACAUGACAACCCUAAUGAACGACUCUCUGAUCUUCAAUAACAUCAUGAAGUUUUCGCCGGAUCCGAAGUGGGAGUUCCCCAGGUCUCAAUUAGCCAUAGAGCAAAUUCUGGGAGAAGGAGAAUUUGGAAGGGUAUUGAGAGCGAAAGCGUUAAAUAUAUCGGGACCAACAGGAUAUACAACGGUGGCGGUUAAAACACUCAAGGAAGAUGCUAGAGAAUCAGAACUGAACGAUCUUCUAUCAGAGUAUCAGCUGUUGAAAGAAGUCUCUCACCCCAACGUAAUCCGUUUGUUGGGAGUCUGCACGGAACCAGGAGGACCCAUAUAUCUGAUUAUCGAAUAUUGCGAAUAUGGGUCACUCAGGAACCACCUGAGAAAGAGUAGGAGGCUCCAAUAUGAAUCAAAAAAACUGAUCAAUACAGAAGAGAAUGACUAUGAUGAACCGAAGACUAGCGACAUCACUCCCAAAGACCUGAUUUCCUUUGCUUGGCAGAUUUGUAAUGGAAUGUCAUAUCUGAGCGAUAUCAAGUUAGUUCAUAGAGAUUUGGCAGCAAGAAAUGUGUUGUUAGCUGCUGAUAAAAUAUGCAAAGUAUCGGAUUUUGGUCUGACCAGAGACGUGUAUGAGGACAAUGCAUAUUUGAAGAGGAGCAAAGGGAGAGUUCCUGUGAAAUGGAUGGCACCAGAAUCUCUAGCAGAUCACAUCUACACAUCGAAAUCAGAUGUAUGGAGCUUUGGCAUCUUGGUAUGGGAGCUUAUCACAUUAGGAUCGACUCCUUAUCCUGGAAUUGUAGUACAAAAUCUUUAUCAUCUCCUGCGUCAAGGCUAUAGGAUGGAAAGACCUAAUAAUUGUUCCCCAGCAUUGUAUAACAUUAUGCGAAAAUGUUGGAGCCUGAAUCCUCAGCAGAGACCAACGUUCCAGGAACUGAGUAAACGUUUCGAAAAACUGUUGGAAGAUAACAUUGAAUACAUAAAUUUGUCCGACAAUGUCAUCCACAAUAGAGGUUACUUCUUAUCACCUUUUGCAGAAGAUGAUCUUCAGGAAAACAUGGAAGAGGAGCUUUCGUCGGAAAUAAGCUCCUUGAAUUAUUUGUCGAGGACAGAGUCGUGUGAGAAGUUUGUGGCUAUAGAGAAAGCACUGCAUGAAGAGCUUGAAAAAAUCACAGAUGUGGCGCAAACUACUCAAAGCUACGAGACACCUGUCAAAGUCCCGAGACGAGUGAAAACUCCUAGCAAUGAGAAUCCUGAAGAAUAUACUGAUAUGGGUAGAAAAUCGUGAACCUGAUGUGAUAGGAGGAAGAAACGUUUUCUUUAUUCAUUCCAUUCAAAUUCGAAUUUUUCGGGGUUUGCGGUAUUUAGAUGUAUUCCAUGAAUUAUUUCGAGAAAUGAUCCCAACAAAAAACAUUCAUCAUUGUUCUGCUGAAUCGCUUCAUCUAGAAAAUUAC